UUGUGCUCAACAACACCCUCUGAACCCAGUGCGAGUCGGCGGUCUGGUGGGCUCCCCGGUGCGCAGGAGGCCGAAAUGAGGGUGUGUAACCGCGGGGUGAUGAUGCUUCUGACCACGGCGGGGGCUUUUUGCGCCUUCAGCCUCAUGACCAUCGCCGUGGGCACGGACUACUGGCUGUACUCCCGCGGGGUGUGUCGUUCCAAAAACCAGAACGACAACGAUACCGUUCACAAGAACGAAGAGGUUCUGACCCACUCGGGUCUGUGGAGGACCUGCUGCACCGAAGGGAUUUUCCAAGGCGUUUGCAAAGACAUUGAUCACUUUCCCGAUGAUGCAGACUACGAGCAAGAUGCUGCAGAGUACUUACUAAGGGCAGUACGAGCCUCCAGCCUCUUCCCCAUCCUCAGUGUGGGAUUACUUUUUCUUGGGGGUGUUUGUGUAGCUGCAAGUGAAUUCUACAAGUCACGCUACAAUGUCAUUCUCUGCGCUGGCAUUCUCUUUGUCUCUGCAGGCCUUAGUAACAUCAUCGGCAUCAUUGUGUACAUAUCAGCCAACUCAGGUGACCCCAGCCAAAGUGACCACAAGAAGAGCUAUUCCUACGGCUGGUCCUUUUACUUUGGAGCUCUGUCCUUUGUCCUGGCUGAGAUGGUGGGCGUCCUGGCCGUGCACGUGUUCAUUGAAAAGCACAGACAGCUGCGCACUAAAGGCCGACCGUCUCUCUUAAGACCCCCGAUCUCCCGCAACUCAUCUUACUACCGCAACCGUUACUACCAGAACCGCAGCCGCCGCUACAGUUACAAGAGUAACCACAGCACGGGGGACUCACACACUUAUCAAACACCCCUGAUGCGCAGCCGAGAGCCACACAUCCCAGCUGAAUCCAAAAUCACUACCAUGGCAGGUCUGCCUUCGCCGAUGGACUUGGACUCAGAGUUCAUGCUGUACACCUUAACCUCGCCUCUCAAAGACGGGAAGAUUAACAUGGGUAUGGAUGAUUUAACAUCAGCAGCCACACACAACAACACAGAAGUGUUGCCAGGAAACUGUGCGUCCAGUCGAAGGACGACGCCUGUUUGA